AUGAUUGAUCAGAAUAUUCGUAAGAAACAAGAAACGGAAAUUGAACAAUUGGACAAAACUGCUCGUCAGCUUCGCACGGAAUUUUCGCAAAAAGUGAAUCAAUUGAAAGAAGAUUUACUACAGAUGGCGAACGACCUGGAUCGUGUGGGACGAAUACAGCUGAAACAAAGUCGAAAUGAUGCCAGACAAGUGAGUCCGUGCCAUGGUCAACUUGCUUACAGCGGAUGGUUUGAAUUUCAAUGA